UCUAACCUGUUCCAUAAACAAAUGCACUGUUGUGGUGUACCAUUUCUUCAGAGCAAGAGAAAUGAAUGUGUUGAAAAGAUCUACGCAAGUGAGUUACAAACAGUGGAAAGACACAGAUAUCAGUUUUGUGACAUUCCGGAGAGAUGAUCAAAGCAUCCUUACUGUUAAGGAGGAGCAGUCUGGGGAAAAUGAGCUCAACGAUCAAGUUGAUCACAAUAUUCUGGAGCAAGUGGAUUUGGGGGACAGAAGGACAAGAAGCUCUGAUAUCUCAGAAACCUUUACUGUGGAGGAAGCAGUUGAGGUUAUUGGUUUCGGAAAGUUUCAAUGGAAGCUCUCUAUGCUCACUGGAGUUGCAUGGAUGGCCGACGCUAUGGAAAUGGUGCUCCUUAGUAUUGCAGCUCCACAACUGCGUUGUGAAUGGAGGCUCCCUAGCUGGAAAGUGGCACUCAUCACAGCAGCAGUGUUCAUUGGAAUGAUGCUCAGCUCAUCCCUUUGGGGGAACAUCUCAGACAAGUAUGGCCGGAAAGUGUGUUUAAUACUGUGCAUGGUAUGGACACUGUAUUAUGGGCUGCUCAGUGCUUUUGUGCCUGUUUAUGGCUGGAUCUUAGUCUUGCGAGGCCUCGUGGGAUUUGGCCUGGGAGGAGCUCCUCAGUCAGUGACAUUAUAUACUGAAUUCCUUCCAGUGAAAUCCAGAGGGACCUCUGUAAUCCUGUUAGGGGUGUUUUGGGCCCUGGGUGCUGUGUUUGAAGUAUUACUGGCUAUGCUGAUCAUGCCUACAUUAGGCUGGAAAUGGCUGCUAUGUCUGUCCACCAUACCUCUCGUUGUCUUUGCUGCCACCUGCUGUUGGUUGCCGGAGAGUCCUAGAUUUGAUGUACUGAGAGGCAGAGCGGACAAGGCCCUGAAAACUCUGAAAAAUAUAGCUGCAGCCAAUGGGAGUUGUGUGCCUAAAGGACGACUUGUCGCCAUAAGACAGGAUGAUCGUGGCAGAAUUAAAGAUCUCUUUAUUUCCAAAUACCGCAAGACGACACUUCUGAUCUGGUUUAUCUGGUUCUGCAAUGCUUUUUCAUAUUAUGGUCUUGUGCUGCUAACCACAGAGCUAUUCCAAGCAGGAUCUGUUUGUAGAGUGACUGACAACUCAAAUAUGGAACCUCGGUGCAGUUUAGCAUGCAAAUAUCUGACUAUUCUUGACUACAAGGACCUUUUAUGGACAACCUUAGCAGAAUUUCCAGGUCUUCUGGUGUCACUGUGGAUGAUUGAUCGGACUGGCCGGAGAAAAAGCAUGGCACUUUGUUUUUUAGUAUUCUCUCUGUGUAUUUUGCCACUGUAUGCCUGCACACAUAGGACUGUUCUCACAGUAUUUAUUUUCAUUGCCCGAGCCUGUAUUUCAGGGGGUUGGCAGGUUGCGUAUGUUUAUACACCUGAGGUUUUUCCUACAGCAACCAGGGCUAUUGGAAUUGGUACAAGCAGUGGGAUGGCUCGUGUUGGCGCUCUCCUCACACCAUUUGUUGCUCAGGUGCUUCUGAAAUCAUCAGUUUACCUGACUCUGACUGUGUAUUUCAUAUGCUGCUUGCUGGGCGCAGCAGCGUCCUGGGUUUUGCCUAUGGAGACGAUGGGGCAGAGCCUUCAGGAAUCAACUCAUACCACCAUGGAACAAAAAAACAGCAAUCCAGAGUAGCUCUGAGGAUUCCACCAGCAACAAGUGUCAUUAAAGGGAUCAUUUACCCAAAAAUGUAAAUUCUCUCAUCAUUUACUCACCUCAUGCCAUCUAAGAUGUGUAUAGCUUUCUUUCUUCUGCUGAACACAAACAAAGAUUUUAAGAAUAUCUCCACUCUGGAGUUCCUUACAAUGCAAGUGAAAGGUGAUUAGGCCUUCGAAGCUCCAAAAAGCAGAAAGUCAGCAUGAAAGUAAUUCAUAAGACUCCAUUUAAAUCAAUGUCUUCUGAAGCGAUCCAGUUUUGGGUGAGAACAGAUCAAAAUGUAACUCUGUAACCUUUUUCACUGUACAUCUUGACAUCAGUCUUCUUGGCUCGAUUACACUUCCUGCAGCAUCAUCUAGCACUCUUUGCAUGCAUUAAGCACUAGGAAGUGUAAUCGAGCUCGAAAUUAUAAUUGUACCUAUACUGCAAUGGGAAGAUGCUCAGUGAAAAAGGAGUUUCAUUUGGUCUGUUCUCACACAAAUCCAACUGGAUUGCUUCAGAAGACAUUGAUUAAUCCACUGGAGUCGUAUGGAUUAUUUUUAUGCUGAAUUAUCACCUUUUUGGAGUUUCAAAGGCCUGAUCACCUUUCACGUGCAUUGUAUGGACCUACAGAGCUGAGAUAUUCUUCUAAAAAUCUUCGUUUGUGUUCAGCAGAUGAAAGUCAAACAAAUCUGGGAUGGUAUGCGGGUGAGAAAAUUAUGAGAAUUAACACUGAACUGACAAAAUGCAAUGUCUAGAUAACGUGCAAUACUGACAAUGGAGAAAGCCAUUGAUGUUGCGUGUAUAAUGUUGCGUGUAUAAUCAUUAAGAAUACCAUACUGGUAUACUGUAGAUCACAAGUGCAUUCAAAAUGCAAUUUUACAUAUUUCAAUUUGUGGAGGUGUUAAUUAAAAUAUUAUCA